UCGCGAUGGUUUUUCAUGCAUAGAUAUCUGUGCAGUGUGAGCGAACGAUUAUUAAGCAAAGAAAAAAGACAAACAAAAAACGGAAAUAUGAAUUCCUUUCUUGAUGUCACAGCAAACCAACGGUCAUCUUUCAAUGCACACAAAAAUUACAGUGACAUAAAACCAUUGUCACCGAAGUUGAUCCAUGCGCCGUUGGCCCAGCAAUCAAACAACACAAAUCACACAAAAACACAGCCUAGUCAAAACGGAACAAAUCAAACGAAAAACAAUAAUAAUAGCAACAAUAACAACCACAACAACAACAACAACAACAAUAAUAAUAAUCGGCGCAAAAACACAACAUAUCAAUCGAAUGGCAAAAAACGAAAUUUUAACGGAUCGCAUAAUUCAAAUAUAGGUGUAAGCAAUAGUGCUGACAGUCGACAGUACCAACGUUUAGGCAAUAAUAGCAAUUCAAAUCACAAUGCCACUGUCUCGGGCAAAAAAGGAGAUAAAUUUCAGACAAAGGACAAUUUUGAUUCAGUGCGAUCAACGACCACGUCGUCUAGUGUAAGCAGCAAUAGCAGUGAAGGAAGCUCUGAAAGAAGCAAUACAAAUUCAAUCAAAGAUCGAAUUUCAAGACCAAAUACAAACUCGAAAUCUUCUGUGAUGGACAUCAGAUCAGCAAGAUUGAUGAUACCGCAUCCGGCGGCUCAACAUUCUCAGCCGCAUAUGUCAAUUUUAUCACCGAAUGCCAAGUCCAUUUAUAAUCUCGAAUAUUUGCACCAAGUGGGAACACAAAUAUCGGAUCGCUAUCGAACGCAGCAAAAUGAUUUCUACAAUUCAAAUGCCAACAGCAAUACGAAUGGAAGUCGAUUAUCAUAUUCGAAUGAACGAAAUAAUGGGUCGCGAUACAAUAAUACGAACGCAAAUAGUGGAAAUAAAUACUCAAAUAAAUCAUCGGCGCAAGCCAAUAAUACGUCCGUAUCACCUCCAUUAUCAAUAACAUCGAGUGGCAGCAGUACGACGAGUAGUAAGAAUAGUCGAGUAUCGAAGUCAUAUAAUGGCAAUUCGAUGCACGGAAUGAAUAACCAUCGAAACAUUCCAACGACACCGACGAUUCAGCAAUCACAUAAUGGUUACUUUCAAUCACAAAGUAUACCCUUUUUCCAUUCGGCAACGUCAAAUGGCAUGCAACAGAUGUUUUCAACAGCCAUGAGUCCCGGUAAUCAAUCGCAACACUCACAACACUCACAACACUCGCAACAUUCAAACCAAUCGGUUGGAUUGUACGUAAACUCAACAUCGGGCUAUCAUUCGAACAAUAACUAUCACACGCAUAACCGAAACUACAGCGGCAAUGGUAAUAAGAAAAAUUGGAAUUUUUACAGCAAAUCGAAAUCGGACAAUAAUGGAAGUUACAGCAGUUCAAACAGUUCAACCACGAGCAGUAUAAAUAGUACCGGGAAAACAAGCUCAAAUAAAUCCACAACAACACAUUUACCGCCGCGAAACAAUACACCACCAGCACCUGAGAGCUCCGUUAAAAAGUCAACGACACCAUCGGAAAAAUUACCUGUGAAAAAAUUGUCAAAUAAAAGCACACAAGUCGAAUCAUCCGCACCAAGUCUGAAAACAAUUAGUCUAAGUGAUAGCGAAACGUCAAAUUCGAAAAUUAAACAAUUGCCGCCGACCGAAUACUUCCGUUUUCCAAAAUCAAAGGCAACCUCAUCGCCUGUGAUCAGUGCAAAUGCGCCGUCGCAACAAAAUGACAAAAACCGAGUAAUAUCGCAUUCAUUUCUAUCGGCCAUCGAUAUGGACACGUUGAAAAAAGCAGGAAUGACACCAGAACAUCACAGUUUAACGUAUGAAAAACAAGAGAAAAGUUCCUUCAAUCAAAACACAUUGAGUUUUCCACAGAAUCAACGAUCAAUUUAUCCAAUGUCAUCGCGUUACAUUAGCACUGGAUCAAUGCUCACCGAGGAAAUGCUAUUAAAUGGCAGUCUGAGCCGACAUCGUUACAUGAACCUACAAAAUAUGCAUUUGCUUAGCGAAGCCAAUGCUUGGACAACGAACCAUUUGGCAAACACAGAUGGCUUCACACAUUCACCGUCUCGUGCUAAAAACUUUGUACCCAGCGUUGCACAACCGAAACGAAGAUCAGGGACAACGUUGAAUUCAACGACCGGUAAAAAAUCACAUGAUUUCGAGAACCAACGGGCCACUCAGUAUCGUGCCCGUGUGAGUGAAGUGAAGAUUCCAAUUGAUUUGUGCAAUGGAACCGAAUGGGAUACGCUAUCGCAGAAAAUAUGGGCCAAAUUUGAUGAACGUAGACAGCCACAAGAAUUGUACGAGAAGAAAAUUCUACUGUGGGCACAUCUUUGCCAGCAAAUCAAGCCAAUAUUUUCGCGAUACAGUUUGUAUUUGGUUGGUUCAACGGUGUCUGGCUUUGCUUUGGAUACAUCCGAUGUUGAUAUGUGUCUCGUAUCCCGUUUGAGUACAAAUAUGGAUCAUCGAGCUGAGGCAUUUUAUCAUUUGUAUAAAUUGAAAGCUAAUUUACAGGAAAAUUGUCAAUCGUUUUUGAAAAACUUCAAUUUGAUUCCGGCCAAAGUACCAAUUUUGAGAUUUGACGACAUUCACAACAACAUCGAGGUCGAUUUGAAUUACAACAAUUGCGUGGGGAUUCGUAAUUCGCAUUUGCUGUAUUGUUACACACAAUUGGAUUGGCGGCUACAACCAUUGGCUGUAAUUGUUAAACUUUGGGCGCAACAUCACGAAAUAAACAAUGCAAAGGAUUUGACAAUAUCAAGUUAUUCGCUAAUUUUGAUGGUGAUACACUAUUUGCAGUGUGGCGUUAAACCCGCAAUAUUACCCUGUUUGCAUGCUAUUUACCCAGACAAAUUCAAUAGAAUUAACGGCAUCGAAGCGAUUAAUAUGAACGAUAAAAUCGAGCCAUAUCAUUCGGAUAAUAAGCAAAUGUUGGGUGAAUUGUUUUGCGGUUUUUUGAAAUACUAUUCCCUUUUCAAUUACGAUCAAUAUGCAAUCUCUGUGCGGAUAGCAGGUCUUUUACCAAUCGAUGAAUGUCGCAAUCAUGAGUCUUUCAAGAAUGACCCAACCGAAUGGAAGCAGCUAUGCAUCGAAGAACCAUUUGAUCGGUCGAACACGGCGCGUUCGUGUUGUGAUGAAAAAAUCUUUGAGCGCAUUAAGACAAUCUUUCAAGAGUCCUUUGCUGUGAUGUUGGAAACAAAAGAUCUUGAUCGACUGUUUAGCGAACCGCUGGCACCUCCUGCAUAUUGCACCUUCUACGACAAUUACACUCCGAUACUCUACCAGCCAGUUGAAUACAUCUUGCGAUAAUAUCCAUAUGAGAUUUCGACGUUUGUUAAGUUUGAAUAAGGCGGUUUUGAAAGCAAUUCAAGAAGUAAAAUGUACGGCAAAUGACAAGAAAUUUAGCAAUCAAAAACUCAACCAUUUACAAACUACACACACACACACAUUGAACACAAAAAUCGAAACAAUAUUUUUGUCUACAUCGUAAAACCAGUACAAACAGCGAUAUUAUGAAACGGUAAAAAAAAAUCCUAAAGAUUAAAAAAAAUGAUGAUAAAAAAACACAAAAAGUCCGAAAAAACACACAUUUUAUAAAAAAAAAUCCAUAACUGAAAAUGCAAAAAUAACAGUAAGAAUUAAAGUCAGAGCAGAUAAAUUGUAAAAUUGUUAGACUGUCGAAUUGAAUACAGAAAAUAUUCAACACAAACCAGCCAGAGCAAGAAAAAAAAAUCAUAAAAUAUAAAACCACAAAAAAAUCGUUUGAAAAAACUCAGUGUCAUGUUCUGAGUAUAAAAAAAAUCAAAUAUUUAAAUAAAACUCAAAAGAAAAUCACCAAAAAAACACAAAAUCAAAAUAUCCCAUUAGAAAAAAAAUAAAAAAAAAACAAAAUGCGCUCCAUUGGUUUGGUUUGUGUUGAAUGCUAUAGGGAAUUUGUAAGUAGAACGGAUCUUUUAGACACGAAACAUAGUAAAAAAAAGAUGAAUUACUUAAUGAGAGAAAUGGUAUUGCAUGAAUAUUGUCAUUGUAUGUCUUCAUCGAAUAUUCUUUUAUACCGAGCAAAAAAAAAAAAAACUAAAAAAAUAAAAAAUAAAACAAAAAUCAAAACUGAAAGAAACGCGCGCGCAAA